AUAGGAAGUAGUUGGAUAUACUAGUAUUCUAAGUAGUGCGGCAGAGCAGUAACAGAAAAAGAAAAGAGGGGAAAUACAUAACAACAGGGGAUGGAAAGUGAGGGUGGAUUAAGUGCCGGAGAUCUGUCCACCAUCGGCGGAAUAGCCACGGUCUCUCUCCUCCACUCUUUCAUUCCAACACAUUGGCUUCCUUUUUCUAUCGUUGGCCGCGCUCAGAAAUGGACUCUCUCGCGCACUCUUCUCGUCACUGCAUUUGGAGCAGUUUUGCAUGUUAUCUCUACAUCACUUCUUGGUAUAACUGCAAUCACCAUAAGUAACACCAUUGCUGGUGAGGAAACUGUGCACAAGCUUGCUUCUUUGUUGCUUGUUUUUCUUGGUGGUAGUUAUAUAAUAUUAUUCCUGAUGGGAAAGGGUAGUCACGGCCAUACCCACAACCAGCCAAUGGAAAAAAUGGCUGUUGCAGGACUUGUCCUGGUUCCAGCACUUUCUCCUUGUGCAACCACUCUUCCGGUGUUUCUUGCUGUUGGGAACUCAUACUAUAUGAUGGUGAUUGCUAUAAUCGUACUUCUGUUCAGCACAAUCACUGUGAUGACUUCAUUGGUGGCUCUCUCAUUUUACGGUGCAAGUCAGCUUAAGUUUCAUUGGGUGGAGCGCUAUGACAAGCUUUUGGUUGGUUCGGUGCUAUGUCUAGUUGGUAUUUUGACUCUCAUCUUUCAUGAUCAUGAUCAUGAUCACGCUCAUGCUCACGCUCAUGCAGAUAGUUCAUUGCAGUUGAACAGGAAACUAAUAGGUCUAUAAAAAGUAUAUCCACUACUGGGGUUCAUGAUUUGAGAAGACAACAAGAACGCGUAUCUACUCACACACCUGUGAGCACCUGCAGGGCAAAAAAUCGGUCGUGUGGAAAAAAACUUCAGUUUCUGGUUUGUUUUGCACUUGGCAGGAGUUUUUCUUGAGUCUUUUUACAUGUCUUCUCUAUCAAUAGGCCAGAUAAAUGAUAUUGUAAGAACCUGGUUUUGGCUUUGUUUCAUAUGUAUGGUGGCUCUUUUGUAAUUAUGUAGUAGUAGCAGCAUCUCUUCCAGAACAAUCUUGUAUUGUGAUUUUAUAUUAAAGAUCUAAAUCUGUUA